AUGGGUUGUCCAUAUACAUGGGAAAAAGGACAGGGAACGACAAAAUGGAUUGAGGAAAGGUUAGAUAAGGUGUUGGUUACUCAGGGGUGGCAUGACAUAGUAAGAGAAGCUAGUGUUUUGAACAUUUUAACCCGAAAUUCGGAUCACUCUGCUCUUUUCCUUGGGAUUCUGAAUCUUCGGGAAAGGAGGGGUGGUGGGAAGAGAGGGUUCCGCUUUGAGAUGGCCUGGCUUCAUGAUGAGGGAUGCAGGGAUGUGGUGGAGAAAACGUGGGACCAGGAGAGGCAUAGGGGGUUGCAGGAUUGUAUUGAAUUAUGUGGAAGUAGUUUAAAACGAUGGGGAGGUGGUCGUUUCCAUAAAUUUGGUGAGCAUGCUAUGAAUCUCCGGAAAGAGCAAUUGCGAUUACGGGGAUGCAUAGAUAAGGCAUCUCUUGCUGAAUUCUAA